GAUCUGAUAUGCGUAAUUUGGAUACGAAGCUAAAAAAGAAUGGAAAAAGGACGCUCCUUUUGGUGUUUGCAUUGAGGUACUACUUAGCCAAGAAAGCUUGUACUGGGAUAGACGAAUCAGAGGCCGAGAUACAGUGGGUCUAUGCCAAAUGGACCGCGCAAGAACGUAGCUUCAUUUCACGCAUAAAAGCUGCGUUUGAAGCUUAAUACGUUCUCAUCUCUCUCGAGCUCCUACAUCGAUACGCACCUCGAUUCAAGACUAUUACAACAUCUUUAUAAGAUUUUAAGCCAUGGAUAUUAAUAUUGAUUCCAAUAACAACGCCGACACGCCAUUAACACUUGGUACUCUUUUCAAACAAGACAUGAAGACAGCCAACAUCUUAUCAAACUACCCGACCUCCUUCGUCCCGAACUAUCGCUUCCUCAACAACACCAAAUACCGUAUAUACGAUAUACAGAAGUCCGGUCCCAAGAAGAACAACCCGUUCCUGUUCCUAUAUCCGGGAAGGAUCUGCUCGGUAGCGGGGAACGAGUUUCCCGUCCUUAUGGACAAACAGCCCUGUGAUGAUAUUAUGGCUCACUGGAAAAGAUGGCUGCCCGGAUUUCCCGAGCCUGUCUUCAAGACUAUUGAUGAAGGAGUUGAGGAUGAAGACCCAAUUAUUACUAUCUUCCCUAUGCAGAGGAUACCGGAAGAGAAACACGCUGUUGAUCCUGAUACACACUACCAUAUUCUUCUAAAGAGCGCGAUUCCCGAGACAGGAGCCCCUUGUCCCGAGCACUACACGCAGGAGAAUGCCGUGUUCCCUUGCAUGGUGAAGGUUGAUCAGAGCCUGAGCGGGUAUGGCAACUAUGUCUGCUACAACCAGGAGGAGCUCGCGGCUGCCUUGGAAACCAUCAAUGAAGCUUUUGGAAAAGCUGCGCCUUACGUCAUCACUGCAUUCGUCGAGAACGUUGAAGAAACUCUUGGCUGUCAGUUUUACUUAAACAAAAAGGGCGAGGUUCACUGGCUCGGUACCAAUAUUAACGUUCUCAAGGAUUACGACUGGGUUGGCAGCGUGGUGGACUGGGACCUACGUGAAGUGCACAGGCUUCGCGUGUAUGAYUCGUUUAUCGUACCUGUUGCUGAAUAUCUGCACAAGAAGGGCUACUUUGGAAUCGCAGGAAUCGACAUAAUCUGUAGCCAGAGUGGUGACUACCUCGUUGACAUGAACGCUCGUCUAACAGGCUUCACCCCGCAUGCGCUCAUCGCACCUAUCAUGGCACGUGACGGGCUGACAAAAUCCCUCUUCAAGUCCGCUGACAACCAAGACUGUUCUACCGAGGAGCUCAUCAAAAAAGUGAACUUCGUGAAUCAGACGAAGGAAGGCAAGAUAUUAAUUCUUAACUCCAUGGAUGUAGACGAGGGGUGUAUCGCUGCCAUCGUUGCGUUUGCCGAGACCAUGUCGGACGCGGAGGAGCUCUUUGACUGUUUGGCUGUCGAGAAACUCGUCAAGUAACUYGCACUUUGAAAAUCACAUGCAAAAACUCUCUUGACCGUGAGGUACUAGUAACGAAUAACACGAAAACGAGGUUGUUUGGGACAGAGAAAGUAAACAAGCCUUUUAUCUCCUUAGAGAAUCUGGGUGGGUUGAAAAUCUUAACCUCGCAAAAUUGGCCAUUUUUUCGCCUAAAUUAGUUUCCUAUAAAUAGUUCUGCAAAAGAAAUGCUUUUCCCAAAAAUUGGACAUUUAGAUUUCCGGCUCUUUUUUGGUGUUCUGGGCAACAAUACUUUGCAAUAUAAAGAAUGGCAAUCCAGAAAAUGCAAUACAUCUUGCAACACMAAGAAAGAGCCAAAUUUCAAUGUCCCAACCAACCUCAAUUCUAGUUACGUAAAAUUCAAGGGAGGUUUUUACGAAAAAUAUUUAUUAUACGUAUUUGUAUCUGAGCCAAACGAGACUUCUAACAACUAACAUCUAGAACCAGAAUGGACUACUUCGACGACGCGACGGCCAUCUUGAAUCACAAGGCAUUAUGGGUCAUCCAGGGGGAAAGAGACAAAGUUGUGAGGUUGACAUCAACGGUUCACAACUAAAAAUUUGACGAGAGAAGAGUAAACAAAAGUAAGCCAUAUCAAGCUUUACUCUAUAUAUUAGUGUCGCGAGUUAGAGUAGAGAAAGSUCACUCCAUAUAUGGUAUGAUCAAUUCCAUAUUUGGAUUGUGCGGAAAAGCGGCAAACAAAAAGGCCGUCGUUUUAUAACGAAUUCGACAUGAACAUUUUUGAAGAAGAAAAGAAAAGAAAAAAAAAAAGACAAGUAAGAAAAGAAAAAAUUGGGAAAAUCGAGGAAGGAUACGGGGACGAUGCUAACUCGUGGGUCUGCCUCGCAAACAACAGACACUGGGAAAUACGACACUCAUACUCGGUACCCAUAAAGCCUUGCGAUUCAAGAUGGCCGCCGUAUCGUCGAAGAAGUUCAUUGGAAUCUAUUGGAAUCAAAAGUUUUAUACUCAUUUGCCAUUUUUUGAAGCAGAAUUUUGGACAAAUUAWAAAUACCAAAAUAGAACGAAUUAUUUACAUUCUAUUGAAAAAUAAUGUCUUUAGCUUAGGAAUGUUAUUUAACGAGGUCGCGUUUCACUCAAGUAAUCGAUAAAUGAUUGAUAUGGUGCAGUUUCAAAUCGAUUUUUGAUUGAUAGAUAGCUUUAAUAUUUAUCAUAUCUCUGAUUCACGCGACUAACAAGUAAACUUGUGCACUAAAAUCAGACAACACUUUUAUUUCAUUAUAUACUCAUUCAUACGCGUUAAUCGAUAAUCGUUCSUUUUGAAUCACUAAUCGUUCGAGUUUUUUGUCAACAAUUCCCGUAUAAUCCAAAAAAUCACAAUGAUUUUCUUAACUGAUUAUUUCGGUAAUAAUAUUGUGAUAUAUAGUAAUUGAUAUUUGAUUUAUAAUCCAGAAAUUGGUAUUCGAUAUUUGAUCGAUGAAUUAUUUUGCAAAUGAAGCUUUUCAUAGCAUUUUGGAAUUUUGUAGAAAAGAUGGAAAAUCUGGAUAAAUAUUUGGGUUUUCACUUAUAUU